GGCGUUCGAUGUUGGCGCUGUUCAAAAAGUCAAUUUUAAUCGACUUCAUCGAUUUGUCUGUGAGGAAUUAAUUUUUCUCAUUGCAUCGCAGCAUAUUUUGAGGAAAUUUCAAAGUCUCCCGGAUUUUGACACGUAGCGCUGAUUCAAGCUGGAUUUGUGAACUUGAUCUUAUUCUAAACCGGACUUACUGGAGAGCAGUAGAUGCUACUGUAACGACUUGGAUUGGAAUAGGACUUUUCUCUUCUGAAUUCAGACUAACAUUAGCAACGAUAUGGAGGAAAUUUCUGGUACUUUACCGAUGGCUGAGCAAACAGCAGGAUUUAACUAUGAUGACUUGUUUCCGGCUCUUCCCGAGAGCUCAACGCCGGCUCUACCGACCCAAAAUGCCACCAGCAUGAGAGUUGGAAGCAGUGUUGUAACUCAAGUGUUUCGUGUUCCGUACAGUGAGCGCAAAUUUGAUUCGGAGAAAUUUGGUGAGGGCGAAUCUCUGCGCACCUGUCAAAACAUCAUGAAGGACACUGGAGCUCAUAUUGAAAUCUCUAGCGGGAAAGAUUUGUCUCUGACUUUCUUGAUAUCUGGAAAACACUCUGAGGUGUUGGAUGCACGCCGUAAGAUUUUGGUGCAUUUCCAGACGCAAGCUAGUAAGCAAAUUCCUAUUCCCAAGGAGCAUCAUCGUUGGAUUCUGGGCAAGAAGGGUGAGCGUCUAAAGGAACUGGAAAAGGUGACGGCCACGAAGAUUUCUGUGCCCAAUAUCUCAGACGAGAGUGAAUUCAUUACGAUUGCCGGCACGAAGGAGGGCAUUGAGAAAGCUGAGCAUGAAAUUAAGACGAUCAGUGAUGAGCAGAGUCGUAAGGCAAUGGAAAAGAUUAGUGUGCCCAAGAUCUAUCAUCCAUUCAUUCUUGGUCCAUUCAAUGAGAACCUCAAUAAGAUGAUCGAAGAGACUGGUGCUCGAAUUAAUGUACCCCCGCAAUCCGUCAUGAAGGAUGAGAUUAUAAUUACGGGCGAGAAAGAAGGUGUAUUUGAGGCCAAGUCACGCAUUGAGGCAAUCUACAAGGAGAUGGAAAGUAAGUGUACUACAGUCAGCAUGGAAGUUCCACGUGAGCAGCAUAAGUAUGUUUCUGGAAAUCGUGGAUCGACAAUUCAGGAAAUUCUUCAGCUUACUGGUGUCUCAGUGGAAAUACCACCCAAUGAUUCCACUACAAACACUAUCAUCCUUCGUGGACCUCAGGAACAUCUUGGAGAUGCCCUUAGUACUGUCUGUGCCAAGGCUAAUAGUGUGAAAAGUGUGCAAAUUAAUGCUCCAGCUUGGAUUCAUAAGUACAUAAUUGGGCGCAAGGGGGCCAACAUCAAGGAACUGAGUGCUGAAUUUGUCAAUGUUCAUGUGGAAUUUGGGGACAACCGCAUCAAAAUCGAAGGUCCACCUGAUCAGGUGAACAAGGCUAGUGAGCAAUUGUCAGCGAUUGUCGAUGACUACGUGAACAAAUUGACUUACCGCGAUAUGACUGUCAAUCCUAAGCACUACAAGCACAUUAUCGGUAAGGCCGGUACCAAUAUCAAUCGUCUUAAGGAUGAAUUGGAUGUGGUGAUUAAUAUUGAGGAGAAAGAUGGGCUCAAUCGUAUUAGGAUCGAAGGUCCUAUUGAAGGUGUGCUCAAGGCUGAGAAAGAACUCACGGAAAAGAUUGAAAAGUUGGAGAAUGAGAAGGAGAAAGAUGUUAUCAUUGAUCAUCGUCUUUUCCGCACAAUUAUUGGGGCAAAGGGUGAAAAUAUUAAGGAAAUUCGUGAGCGCUUCAAACAGGUGCAAAUUAUGUUUCCCAAUCUCAAUGAUAAGACGGAUAUUGUGAAACUUCGUGGUCCUAAGGAUGAUGUUGAUCGAUGCAGCAAGCAUUUGCUCAAAAUUGUUAAGGAUCUCCAAGAGUCCUCCUUUAUCAUGGAAUUGCCAAUUUUUAAGCAAUUCCACAAGUUCAUCAUAGGAAAGGGUGGUGCCAACAUCAAGAAGAUUCGCGAUGAGACUCAUACAAAAAUAGACUUGCCAGCUGAAGGAGAUGAGAAUGAGGUAAUUGUAAUCACUGGAAAGAAAGAAAAUGUACUGGAAGCACGUGAUCGCAUCAAGAAGAUUCAAGAUGAGUUGAGUGAUAUUGUGACUGAGGAAAUUGUAAUUCCACCAGAGUACUACAACUUUAUCAUUGGUGCUGGUGGUAAGCUUAUUUCUUCCAUAAUGGAAGAAUGUGGGAAUGUGUCAAUAAAAUUCCCAACACCCGAGUCCAAGAGUGACAAAGUGACCAUUCGUGGACCCAAGGAGGAUGUCCAAAAGGCUAAGCAGCAAUUGAUCGAAAUGAGCAACGAACGUCAGCAGAGUUCAUUUACAGCUGAAGUUAGGGCUAAGCAGCAACAUCAUAAAUUUCUCAUUGGCAAAAAUGGGGCGUCCAUUAGGAAGAUUCGUGACAAUACAGGUGCUCGUAUUGUUUUUCCCACGAGCACCGAUGAGGACAAGGAAGUGAUCACAAUUAUUGGGCGUAAGGAUAGUGUUGAGGCUGCACGACAACAACUUGAGCUCAUCAUCAAGGACAUUGACAAUAUUGUUGAGGAUGAGAUCACAGUUGAUCCCAAGCAUCAUCGCUAUUUUGUGGCAAAGCGCGGUGAAGUUUUACAUCGCAUUGCUGAAGAGUGUGGUGGUUUGCUAAUUUCAUUUCCACGGCCUGGCGUUGAGAGUGACCGUGUGACACUGAAAGGUGCACGGAAUUGCAUUGAUGCAGCCAAACAGCGCAUCCAGGAGCUCAUUCAUAAUCUCGAAAACCAGGUGACAAUUGAAUGUGUAAUCCCGCAGCGUCAUCAUCGUACUGUUAUGGGAUCUAGGGGACGAAAGGUACAGGAUAUCACUGCACGCUUUGACGUACAAAUAAAGUUCCCAGAUCGUGAGUUGAACAGUGCCGAAUCAAUGACCGAGCUUAAUGGUGGUGAUGGGGCUACUGGGGGCGUUCCGCCUGAUGAUGGUGCUGUACGAUCGUGUGAUAUCAUCAAGAUCACCGGUAACAGUGAGAAAUGUGCUGCAGCCAAACAGGCCCUAUUUGACUUGAUCCCCAUCACGAAGGAGAUCAAUGUACCCUUUGAUCUGCAUCGUUCGAUUAUUGGACAGAAGGGACAGAAUGUGCGUGAACUUAUGCAUCAAUAUGAUGUGCACAUUGAACUAUCGCCACCAGAUCAGAAGUCUGAUGUGAUCAAGAUCACGGGAGCAGCAGCAAAUGUGGAUGAUGCCAAGGAGGCAGUGCUGAAACGCGUGGAGGAACUUGAGCAGGAUCGAAAGGAUAGAGAAUUACGAUCAUUUGAACUGAAAGUUGAAAUUGACUCAGAUUAUCAUCCGAAAAUCAUUGGACGCAAGGGGAAUGUGAUUAACCAAAUCCGUGCAGAUCAUGGAGUUCAGAUAUCCUUUCCCAAGAAGGAUGAUGCUGCUGAUAAUAUCAUAACUAUUCAAGGGUAUGAGCAAGCAGCAUAUGCUGCUCGUGAUGCCAUUAUGAAGAUCGCCAAUGAUCUCAAUAAAUUGGCCAAGGAGACUGUUGAAGUGGAUGUACGCAUCUAUCCGCGCCUUAUUGGGCAACGUGGUCGCAAUAUCCGACGCAUCAUGGAUGAAUUUAAGGUUGAGGUAAAAUUCCCCAAGACAGGCGAUGCCAAUCCCAAUGUUGUGACAAUUGUGGGCAAUGAGGAGGCAGUGGCUGAGUGCAAGGAUUACAUACUUAAUCUCGAAGAGGAGUACCUACAGGAUGUGGCAGAUGCACAGCCCGUCUAUCAGCCCAUGAGUGUGAGUGAUGUGUUUGAGGAGGCACUCACUAAAAGUGGCCUUAAUCAUCGUCCUGGCGGCGAAUCUGCUGGUCAACCGCCCAAAGGUUUUGUGGUUAAGGGGGCCCCGUGGCAGAAGAAGGCACCCAAUACAUCUUCCCAUGAGGACUUUCCGGACUUUGGGCUGGCCUCGAGUGCUCCGGCCACUAAUGAUACUCCAACCAUCUCCUCAGCUUGGGGACUUCCGCGCUAAAAGUGGAAAUGAUGAUGGAGGCAAUUUAUCACAAAGAUUCUUUGUGGCGAGAAGGUGCAAAAAAAUAAGACAAGCGAUUGCAGAAGAGUCGUUUGGGAAUGUGAGCUAUAAUUAACGUGGAUUUAAAAGAAAAAAAAACAUAAGGAAUGUAAAAGCUGUAUACAAUAAGAUAAAAAAAAACGGCAUAAAUCACUCUUUAGGAAGGAUAUUCUACAGUGAGAAAAGCAUAUAAGAAAAAAAUAUAUAUACAUUUAAAAAGGAGAAAAAAAACAUAUAUUAGAGGUAACUAGAAGAUCCCAUUUGUGGAGAACAAUUUUAUUGCUGGAAAUACACUGUCCAGCAUUUGAGUUGAUGAGACAAGUGAAAAAAAAACAAUUGUAAUAAAUUCUUUUUCUUUUUUAA